AUGGCGAGUGACCGGGUGGCAAUCCUGUCAGAUGACGAAGAGGAACAGAAGAGAAAAUAUGUCCUGUCUGAGCCAUUCAAUACGCUGUCCUUGGGGCAAACGACAGACACUACCCAAUCGGGUGAAAUGCCACCACCUGCUCCCACCGACGCAACAACCUCCCCGUCCACAGAAAGCAUGGACUGUAUGGAAAGGACCUGUGUGCGAAUAGACAAUCACCUCCUCAUCUCUAAGAUCUUUUACUUCUUCUUCUACUCUGCUUACGGAUCGCUGCACCCCCUUCUUGCUUUGUACUAUAAACAGUUGGGGAUGAGUCCCAGUCAAAGUGGCUUGCUGGUUGGGAUCCGUUAUUUCAUAGAGUUCUGCAGCGCCCCGUUCUGGGGUGUGGUGGCCGACCGCUUCAAGAAAGGCAAGGCGGUUCUGGUGUUCUCCGUCUUCUGCUGGAUUGUGUUCAAUUGCGGCAUCGGGUUCGUCAAGCCAGCUGCCAUGAGUUGCGUGGAGGGGGAUCCAACAGCUAGCUCUCCGACAAAUACAACACUCUCCACUCCGCUGGGUAAUCACACCAGACAUCGCAGAUAUGUUGUUGCAGAUGUCCCUUCCCUCCCCCCAUACUUCAGUGAAAUGGCAGCUUAUAUCUCACAUCAUAGAAAUGCUAGGAGCGAAAAUGCAAGCAUCACAGAAGCUGCUCCUAGAAGUACCCCAAAACAAGAGACUACAUUAGCGUCCACCAAUUCAGAGGUGGUUUCCACGGUCAACGACACCUCCACGUCAUCGAGUACAUCUACAACUACGACUACAACUACCUCACAAAGCACCAGUACCGCCGCCAAACAAAAAGAACACAGCAUCAUCUACAACAAAGAUCAAGUGGAGACCAUUUUUCUCUUGAUUCUGUUGGUCAUCAUCAUCGGAGAGUUCUUCAGCGCUCCUGCUGUGACCAUUGUGGACACGGUGACCCUGCAGUACCUGGGGAAGCACCGGGAUCGUUACGGUCUCCAGAGAAUGUGGGGUUCUCUGGGCUGGGGUAUCGCUAUGCUCUCGGUCGGCAUCUGGAUUGACCACACCCACAUCACCUUGGUCAUCCAGGGCUCGGGAUGCGUCCUGCCCGACUACAAGAACUACCAAAUCGCCUUUAUCGUCUUCGGGGUGCUGAUGGCCGUGGCGUUACUGGUGGCCACCCAGUUUUACUUCGACACCAGAGACUACCGUCCCAACGACCACCAGCAAGAGGAAGAGGGGAAGCCCGAAGAGGUGGAGAUCCCGCAGGUCGUCCAGAACGUGUCCUCCUCGGAGUCGUCUUCAGAGGAGGCACCCGUGUGCCCCGAAACCGACAGACACCCUUUCCCCUUCAAGGACCUGAUCCGUCUCCUGUGCGGUGUCCGAUACGGCAGCGUGCUCUUCGUGGCUUGGUUCAUGGGUUUUGGCUACGGCUUCGUGUUCACCUUCCUCUACUGGCACCUGGAAGACCUGAAGGGCACGACCACCCUGUUUGGCAUCUGUGCGGUGCUAAGCCACAUCUCCGAGCUGGCUGCCUACUUUACCAGUCACAAACUCAUCGAGCUGGUUGGUCAUAUUAGAGUUCUCUACAUUGGCCUGGCCUGCAACACUGCUCGAUACCUUUACAUCUCCUACCUGGAGAACGCGUGGAUAGUUCUGCCCAUGGAGGUCCUUCAAGGGAUGACACACGCGUCGGUAUGGGCAGCGUGUAUCUCCUACCUCAGCGCGGCCGUGCCCUCUGCCCUACGCACGUCAGCUCAAGGAAUCCUGCAGGGCCUGCACCUGGGGCUGGGGAGGGGCUGCGGAGCCAUGGUGGGCGGAGUUUUCGUCAACUACUUCGGAGCCGCCUCGACGUUCAGAGGUAUCGGAAUGGCCUCCCUCGUCAUCUUGCUCAUCUUCUCCCUCAUCCAGUGUCUCGUGGGUCAGAGUGAGGACAAGAAGGACUCGAUGCUGGCAGAGAAUAUUCCAGUGCCUUCCAGCCCCGUCCCUAUCGCCACCAUUGACUUGGUGCAGAACCAGGCUGCGUCCCGGCAGGAGGCCAGGGCCCCGCCGAAAAAGACGAAGCACCAGGAGGAGAUGGAGGAUGUGAACAAGCCGGCGUGGGUGCUGUCUGCUUCGCCGUGGGUCACCAUCGCCUUUGCGCUCUACCAGAUCAAAGACAUGGUUGCCAUGGCCAAAAACAACCAAGCAGCAGAAGGACAGGUACGGGAGACAAAUGAACAGGUCUCUACAGCGCCACCUGCCGACCAGACUCCACCAUCGCAACUCACAGAACCACCCAGCACCACCGAGCAGCCAUUAGAAUCCCCAGCCCCUGUACCCCCCCAAGAUGAUCAGGAGCACGCAAGUCAGGUCACCCCAAGUACAACGGACCAUACACCUCCACCCAAUGGCCAAGGGGAGCCUGCGGAGAACUCUGCUCCUCUCCCUGGUCAUCCAGUCCAACCUCCUCCUGAAUCAUGUACAAAACCCUCCAGCCAACAGUGA